AUGUCUUUUAAUCUAUCUGCUCUUCCUAAUGAAAUUCUUUCGCAGGUGUUUAGUCUAUUAAAUUCGCGCACAUUAGAGCGUAGUCUUAUGCGCGUAAACCGUAAUUUCAGAAUUAUAGCUCAUGAUAUUCUCUCACAACGUGUGACCAAAGCAUUUAAAGAAAAUGCUUACGCUUUGGUUCUCGAGGUUUCUUGCAAUUCUCUAUUUGCAAACUCACUAAAUUUCCUCUACAUGGAAGAUUCGCCUCGAUGUCACUUCUCAUUUGCCUCAGAUCACCCACCGCAAUACAUAUUUUCAAUGCAAAAAUCAAAUUCAGCGUGGGUGAAUCUGAUACGAAUGCACCCCGUGAAAACAGACAAGAUUACGAAACUAUAUAGAGUGACAGAAGGUGAAAUCGAUCUUGAUAAUAAUAACGAUGUUGGUAAUGUCUCGUCAUCAAAGAUGAUGUUAUUUCAACAGCAGACAGGAAAGUCUAUCGAACUCCCAAUUGACAAUCAUGGCGGUUCGUUUGGUAAGAUUGUCGUAAAGUUUAUUGAGACGUUGAAGCCGGGUGAAUUUAAAGUUGAAUUGGAAGAAGUUGUUGUGAGUGUUGCUGAAAUAUUUAAUGCACUUGAAGAGGAAGAGGAGGAAUUGGAGUUAGGAGAAAUAAAUAAUUUGAAAAAUUUGGAUAGGGAUUGGCGGAUUCAUAAUUAG